GGCUUGGAGACCCCAGCCACCAUCAUUGAGCCCAGCAGCUGGAGCGGCAGCGAAAGCCCUGCCGAAGACAUUGAAAGAAUGAGUGAUUCUGCAGAUAAACCUAUUGACAAUGAUGCAGAAGGUGUCUGGAGUCCUGACAUUGAACAGAGCUUUCAGGAGGCUCUAGCUAUCUAUCCACCAUGUGGGAGGAGGAAAAUCAUCUUAUCAGAUGAAGGCAAAAUGUAUGGUAGGAAUGAAUUGAUAGCCAGAUACAUCAAACUUAGAACAGGGAAGACACGGACCAGGAAACAGGUGUCUAGUCACAUACAGGUCUUAGCAAGAAAGAAAGUUCGAGAAAUUCAAGCCGCCAUUAAGGUGUCUAGUCACAUUCAGGUUCUUGCCAGAAGGAAAUCUCGUGAUUUUCAUUCCAAGCUGAAGGAUCAGACUGCAAAGGACAAGGCACUUCAGCACAUGGCAGCAAUGUCAUCCGCUCAGAUAGUAUCAGCUACUGCUAUACACAACAAGUUGGGCCUGCCAGGAAUUCCCCGUCCUACAUUUCCUGGUGCACCUGGGUUUUGGCCAGGAAUGAUACAAACAGGGCAGCCGGGAUCCUCACAAGAUGUAAAGCCAUUCGUUCAGCAGGCCUAUCCUAUUCAGCCAACAGUCACAGCUCCCAUUUCAGGGUUUGAGCCUGCAUCAGCUCCAGCACCCUCAGUUCCCGCUUGGCAGGGUCGAUCCAUUGGUACAACCAAACUCAGACUGGUGGAAUUCUCAGCUUUUCUUGAACAACAGAGAGACCCAGAAUCAUACAACAAACACCUCUUUGUGCACAUUGGACAUGCCAACCAUUCUUACAGUGACCCGUUGCUUGAAUCGGUGGACAUUCGUCAGAUUUAUGACAAAUUUCCUGAAAAGAAAGGUGGUUUAAAGGAACUGUUUGGGAAGGGCCCCCAAAAUGCCUUCUUCCUAGUAAAAUUCUGGGCUGACUUAAACUGCAACAUUCAAGAUGAUACAGGAGCAUUUUAUGGAGUAACUAGCCAAUAUGAGAGCUCAGAAAACAUGACAAUCACCUGUUCCACCAAAGUCUGCUCAUUUGGAAAGCAAGUAGUAGAAAAAGUAGAGACGGAAUAUGCAAGGUUUGAGAAUGGCCGGUUUGUGUACAGAAUAAACCGCUCUCCAAUGUGUGAAUAUAUGAUCAACUUCAUACACAAGCUCAAGCAUUUACCAGAGAAAUAUAUGAUGAACAGUGUAUUGGAAAAUUUUACAAUUUUGUUGGUUGUAACAAACAGGGAUACACAAGAAACCCUACUCUGCAUGGCUUGUGUAUUUGAAGUUUCGAACAGUGAACAUGGAGCACAACAUCACAUCUACAGGCUUGUAAAGGACUGAGCAGUUAUUUAUAUAUACACUUCAUUACACUUCUUUAUCAAAAACACAGACUGUAAACCUCAACACUAAGUGGCAGUGCCUCUGGCCCAGCUUUCACCCACAUUUUUCUAAAUCCCGUUUUAGUGAAGUCAUUUUUAAUGUGUUCAUAUAUAAUUGUAGCUGUGAAAUUCUGGUACAGUUGUAAAAAAUUCUUUCUAAAACUAAGUGUUCUUCAAAUUUGUAAACGACAGUUCUUUGGGAAGACUGUAUUUAAGAACCUAAUGCCUUUGUCUGUGGAGGCUUAUUUUUAAUUGUGAUAGAAAAAUGUAAGACAGAGCAUUUGCCGUGGGGAAAACUUACAGCAUUUAUAAGAAUUUAUUUAGGGUUUUGUUUUGUUUUUUUCCAAAAUAAAAUACUUAUUUUACGAUGCAAAUGAAAUUGAAAUGAAUCUUUAACUAUAACUGUAAAUUAGUACACAAAGUUAAUAAUCUUUAUAGAAUUAUCUUUGUAACUAAUUAGAGUGGAAGAUACGGACGAAUGUAAUUCACUAAAUUAUUUUUUAAAAUGAAACAUUUUUUCUGUUUGAAACCAAAUGAUAAAUAUAGCCUUAAGAAAUGCCUGAUAGAAACAAGCAGGUCCUAAAAUUAGGCAAAUUUUGUAUUUUUUUUCUCAAUGUUAAAACUAAUCUUCUAAUUCAUUAAACUUUCCAACAGGUAUUGCAGAGAAAGAGAACAUCAUCCCUUAUACUUAACGUAUCUAGUGUAUUUUUAAAAAUAUAAAGUUGUGUUGUACUAAUAUGGAAAUUUGAUUAUUUAAUGAAAAAAUGAUGGCUCAUUUUGCAAUAAGUAGGUAAAUACUGAAAAUUUAGACUUACAUUUUAUGUAGUCUUGUGUGUGCAGUUAUAUUUUAUACGGACAACUAUAUUUUCUGUUGAGUGAAAAAUUUGCAAUACCGAAAUUAACAAACAUAGGGGGAAACAAUUGACAUUAUUACUGCAUUGCGAAUAAUCUGUAAACUGCAAGCUAGAAAAAGUAAUGUGGUUGAGAGAAGAAUACGUAGGCCAGUAAAAGCCUCAUCAGCUUUAAUGUCGUAGGGAUGCUAGAAAAUCACAACCAUCAUCAGGCAAAACAGAUUUGAAGGGUUAUGUUCUUCCUUUUCUCAUUCUUCAUGAUGUUCCGGCACAUAUAUUAUCCCAGUUCUGUCUCCAGUCUCAAACAAGACAUGGUGCAUUUAGUACUAGUAGGCAGGGCAUGUAGGACACACCCAUCAAUACCACUUAGGGUCUGAUUGCCUUUCACAUCCAGAAUACACACAUGUGCAAUGUUCAUCCCUCUGAUUAAUAAACUGAAAAGUAGGUAGUUCAGAGAAGAUUCUAUCAUAGAGUGAAUUGAAGAGAUUUUAAUACUAGCAAGGAUUAAAAAUGUAGUCAUGGGUGUGAAUGGUUUUCUGGGAUACACAUGUAUCCCAUGUUCUCUGAUUCUUAUUGGCACAGAAAUGAGGAGAAAUGGGUUAUAAUGGGAAAUAACUAGGCUAAAACAAUGCAAUCCAUUUGGCAAACCACAAAUCCUAACAGGACAUAUCAAACACAGGUUACAAGAUAAGAUGCAUGACUGCUGCAAACAUCCAAAAACCACAUUUGUCAGGGGCUCGGUAAGUCUUGGGGAGUUUUAAGAAUUAAUGGAGAUAUCCUAUCUCCUAGAGCUGGAAGGGACUUUGAAAGGUCAUUGAGUCCAGCCCCCUGCCU